AUGAGCUAUCAUCAGGAUUUGCCGCCCAAGGGAGGAUACCCCGAUGUGCAGUGGAAGCGCAACCUGCCUUCCCGGGGCUUCAGACCAUCAAUCUACCUCGCAAUCAUGGGCGUCGUCUCUCUUCUGAGCGUUAUCCCGAUGUCAAAGGGCUUCCGCGAGCGACGAGAAUACUCGCGUGAGAAGGCGUGGGCGAGACUAAGCCUCCUGCCUCUCCUCCAGGCUGAGGCCGACAGAGACUAUGUCCGCCGAAUCACCGCCCUGACCAAGCGUGAGCAGGAGCUCAUGAAGGAUCACCCCGACUGGGCCGACAACAAGCCUGUUUUCAACGACGGACGAUCCCGCUUCCCGUCGUAUGUUGCCUUGGAGGCCACGAAAAACUGA